AUGGCCAUCGACGCCAAGAAGCCCACGCUGCCCGCCGACGGCGCGCCGCCCACCGACGAGCCGGCGCCGUCGUACGAGGCCACCAUGGCCGCCUCGGCGCCGCCACAAGGCCACGCAUCCUCCUCCUCGAGCGCCGCACCCGGCCACACGCUGCCGCACGCGCCCAUCGGCUACGGCAGCGUGCCGUACGCCGCCUCUCACACGGCACGCAUCAUCAUCAUGCCGCCCGGCGCCGUGCCUGGCCGCGGCCCCGCCGGCGGCCUCGUCGCCAGCGGGCCGCCGCGCCGCCAGCCGCGCGCCGGCCGCCGCUUCCUCGCCGCCUUCUUCUGGGCGCUCCUCAUCUGGAUCCUGCUCAACCUCGUCGCCGCCGCCAUCGUCGACGCCGCCGAGCGCGCACAGCGCGACCACCGCAGCCACGGCAAGCACGGCGCGCACAGUCAGGUGCUGCUGCUGCGCGUAGGCCAGGGCGCCAAGGAGUGGUGGUCCGGCCAGCGAUAG